AUCGCAGGAGGAGGGAGCAGCCUCGGGCGGCUGGCGAAGAGGAUGGGAGUGCGGGGCAAGCGCGCGGCGCCCAGGGUCACGGCGGCAGCGGAGUCUGCGGGGCGCGAGGCCAGCGCCGGGCGCUUUUAAAGCCGGGAUCGCGGCGCGCUCGAGGCGCGGGCGGCGGCCGGAUGGAGAGGAAGGGCUUGGUGGCCCGAGCCUCGGGGAACCCUAGCCCGCCCGCGCUGGGCGAGGGGCCGCGGCCCGCGCCGUCACCGUGCGUCCCGGUCGGCGGAGGGGCUCCGGAGCGGUGCCAGACUGGGGCGGCGGCAGAGCCCGCGGAGCUCAUCCGGCGCGCGCACGAGUUCAAGAGCCAAGGGGCGCAGUGCUACAAGGACAAGAAAUUCCGCGAAGCCAUUGGCAAAUACCACCGGGCGUUGCUGGAGCUGAAGGGGCUGCUGCCGCCCCCAGGAGAGCGGGAGCGGGACGCGCGACCAGCCUCCCCAGCCGGGGUUCCCAAAGCCAGCCGCCUCUCGGAGGAGCAGAACAAGACGGUUGAAGCCAUCGAGGUCGACUGCUACAACAGCCUGGCAGCCUGCCUGCUUCAGGCCGAGCUGGUAAAUUAUGAGCGAGUCAAGGAGUAUUGCCUCAAGGUCCUGAAGAAGGAAGGCGAGAACUUCAAGGCCCUUUACAGGUCCGGCGUUGCCUUCUAUCAUCUUGGGGACUAUGACAAAGCUCUCCACUACCUGAAAGAAGCAAGGACCCGACAGCCAACAGACACCAAUGUGAUUCGGUACAUCCAGCUGACGGAGAUGAAACUUAGCAGAUAUUCCCAGCGGGAGAAAGAAGUCGUGUAAUGGGGAAGCUUUCUUUUGAACCACGCACACACCUGACCAGGGACUUCAAGGAACCCUUGGCAGAGAGUCCCAAUGUGGGUUCUCCCCAGUUCUUCCUGUACCCCUUCUCCUGUUGCUCCCCAAGUCUGUCUCCUCCCAGUGGGAGAAGGUAAGAGGCACCCCUGGACCUUGGUGGGCAGCCCAGACAUGGACUUUUCUUCUUCCCUUGCAAGCCAGCAGAAGGGACAGCUGGGGAAGAGUCCCAUGGACUGGGGGCCAUACUGUGGCUUUGGCUUGGGCCCAUGUUUCCGAGCCUGGCAGGUGCAUGUAGCCCAGUCUGGACCCUUCUCCACCUUCCUGAUGGGUCAGAGCGUCUUGAAGCAACUGAGAGGAAUCUGGGCCUGACUCGGAAUGUAAGAAUCAUUAUUUGAACCAAUGCUGAGAUGGUGAAUUUCCCUCCACCCGCUCAGUCAGUCACCUGAGCUCCUGCCACACACACCCCUACUUGUCUGGGCUUGUACUUUCUUCUCUCCCACUGAGAGGUCAGGUCUUUGCCAGGAUUCACAUGCCAGGAAGGCCCACUCUGCGUGCCCUCUGGUGACCACACAUACCAUUGCCCCCACUCCCAGCCAGCAGGCAGCUGUGACAGCAAAAGGGCAGGGUGAAAUGGGCCAGAGGUUGGGGGCAGAGCAGACUGCGUAGGUGACUGAGUAGGGAAAGAUGACGCCAAGAGAAAGAGUGAGCCUUGGGUGGGCUGAAGGACUGGACUUAUUAAUGUAAAUAAAAGCGACUUCACAGGUACCAAUUCCUGCCGUUUCUGUUGGAAGCGGCCCACCCUGACUUCUGUUCCCCUCCUGUCCCCCAGGCAGAGUGGCCUACAGUUUCCCCUAAAGCCAGUGGCCACCAGUCCAAGACUGCACAUCGUGUCGGCCACAGCCUUGUGCUUUUAGGAGUUGGUGGGAUUAUGGGAACUGGCCCAAGUCUUGCUUUUGUGGGAAUGUGUGCCCCACCCCACCCAGCCCUUUUUUUGACAAAAUUAUCUGAACUCAA